GCUGCAGUAGCAAGAGCUAUAGCUGCUAUACAGACAGAGACAGAGAGAGAGAGAGAGAGAGAGAGAGAGAGAGAGGGGCAACAGCAUGGAAUGAUGGCAAUAUGAUUCAUAUGGAUGGAUCGUCCAUGGCCAGGAUACAUGGACGACGCGAAGGCGAGAUCCCCCUAAUUUCGCUCGGCGGCCUUGCUGGGCGGCAAGUACCCCAACCCCCACACCCCACUAUAAAAGUGCGCGCCUUUCUUCCCCUGCCACCAGCUUCUUCUUCCAUCGCUCUCUUCCCUCCUCCUCAUCGUCGUCGUCUCCCUCCCUCCCUCACCUGUAGCUAGCUAGCAGCUCGGCCAAUUUGAGCCGUGUGUGUUGAAGAAGCGAGAGAUCGAGGUACAGAAGCGCCGGCGAGGGAUCAAUGAGCAUCUCGGUGAACGGGCAGUCGUGCGUGCCGCCGGGGUUCCGGUUCCACCCCACGGAGGAGGAGCUGCUCAACUACUACCUCCGCAAGAAGGUCGCCUCCCAGGAGAUCGACCUCGACGUCAUCCGCGACGUCGACCUCAACAAGCUAGAGCCAUGGGACAUCCAAGAGAAAUGUAAGAUCGGGUCCGGGCCGCAGAACGACUGGUACUUCUUCAGCCACAAGGACAAGAAGUACCCGACGGGGACGCGCACGAACCGCGCCACGGCGGCGGGCUUCUGGAAGGCCACCGGCCGCGACAAGGCCAUCUACAACGCCGUCAAGCGCAUCGGCAUGCGCAAGACACUCGUCUUCUACAAGGGCCGCGCCCCGCACGGCCAGAAGUCCGACUGGAUCAUGCACGAGUACCGCCUCGACGACCCGGCAGCCUCCGGCGACGCCGCCGCCACGGUCGCCGCGGCGGCAGCGGCUGCCGCGUCGUCGGACGCCGGCCAGGAGGACGGCUGGGUGGUGUGCAGGGUGUUCAAGAAGAAGCACCACCACAAGGAGUCGGGAGGCGGAGGCGGCAGGCACGGCAGCGGCGGCGGGGGCGACGGCGGCAAGGCCGCCGCGGCGGCGCACCACGGCCUGCAGUACUCCUCCAGCGACGACGCGCUCGACCAGAUCCUGCAGUACAUGGGCAGGUCGUGCAAGCAGGAGCACGAGCAGCUCCUCUCGCCGCAGGGCGGCGGCGGCGGCCCGGGGGCGCGGGCGGGGCCGAGGUACCUCCGGCCCAUCGACACCGUGCUGGGCGGGCACGGGUUCAUGAAGCUGCCCCCGCUGGAAAGCCCGUCGGCCGCGCUGACGCCGCCGCACCUCUCGGCCGCAGCCGGCGACGCGGCGGCGCCCCCCGUGGACGACCUCCUCCACGGCGCCGGGGCGAGCGGGAUCACGGACUGGGCCAUGAUGGACCGGCUGGUGGCGUCGCACCUCAACGGGCAGGCGGCCGACGCCGCCGCGCCGGCGAGCCACCAUCAGCUCUGCUUCGACGACGGCCCCGGCGCCGACGACGCGGACGGGCUCGCCUUCUACGCCGCCGCCACCACGAGGCUCCUCGGCGGCGGCGGCGUUGGCGGCGGCUCCAGCGACGACGACCUGUGGAGCUUCACGCGGUCGUCGGCUCCGGCCGCUGCCGCCACGUCGACGGAGCGGCUGAGCCACGUGUCGCUGUAGCCGCCCAGCCGUCGCCGGCCUAGCUACUACAUACGUAAAGCCCCCCGCUAGCUACGUGAUGACAUGGCGAGCUGCAUGCCCUGCUGCCUUGGUACAGUAAAGAGACAAGCAACACCAACAACAACACCAAGAAGAAAAGAGAGAAAGGGAAGAAAAUAAAAGAAAGAAAGAUCUCUAGAGAGAGAGAGUGAUUUCAAAGGUGAUUAGAGUGAUGAGAGAGAAAGGAGCUGAGCAGAAAGGAAUGGGCGAUGGAUGUUGGGUUAAAGGUGCGUGGCAGUAAGUUGGAGUGGCACUGUCAAACGCCCAGCUCCUUGUCGAUCUCCGUUUAAUUAACCCCCCCCCCCCCCCGAUUAUGGUUGUAAUCACAACAUUAAUAGCAAGACUGUUACUUAUAACUAGAUCGAUCGAUACAACAUUAUUAGUACCUGUCACUCGCUGUAUUAUUAUUGCUAAUCUAUCGUUCAUUUUCAUCAAUUACAAGGAAGAGAGAGAUAGAGAGAGGGGUGAUUUGGUAA